AUGAGCAAAGGAAAGUUUUACAUGGAGACUCAUGAAAAAGUACAAGAGAGUACUUACGAUUUGGACAAUAUGGUGAAAAUUCCUGCGUAUACGAUCACUAAGGCAAUGGAGAAACAACACAAAAGCAAGCGUUUCAUUGAUAUAGAUCUGAAAUCAAUUCCCGACCCAGAGAUGUCUUCUGUUAAAAGUAUAAGCUUUAAUCGGACCUAUACUGUCGGUGACCACUUCCAUGUAAAAAUCAUUCUCCGGGACGUACUUGGUCGUAGGCUUCAAAGUGGCGGCGAUGUACUUAGAAUAUGGUUGGUUAAUUACAAGUUGGAAGCUAAUGUAAUCGGAACGACCACCUACAUAGGAAACGGGACAUAUAUCGGCCAAGUACUCCUGCCUUGGAAAGGGCAUGCAACCCUGCUUGUGUCGAUUGCUCAAACGAGACAAGCAAUAACUUCUGUCAUGUCUGUUAUAAAUGGUUACGGAAACCUGUACGAAAUGUAUGGACUUUUUAGCAAUGAAGUGGAUCCGUAUCAUGGAGAGACUGAAAAAACGCUUUGUAGUACGGUGGCCAAUCCCAGAAUGGGCAAAGAUGUGUGCAAUCUGACGUCUCAGAACUUUGGGUAUUCUUGGUUCUGUGCGAAGCCUAAAUGUCUCCGUUGUCAGGAUUGGAAAGCAGUGCGUGGACGAAUGCUCACGUAUCUACCGGAAUACAUCGUUAAUAAAACCAGAAAACAACACAUGGUGCUGAAGAAACGAGUCGAACUCCAAAUACAUGGGGAAACGGAAACAAUGCCAAGAAGUCGUAUACCUUGUGAGAAUAGACCCAAGACUUCUACUUGGACUGACCAAGUUCCAACAGGAUUUUACUUUAAAAACACCUGGAACUUUAUCAACUGUCGCAGUCGAACGACAUGGACAGAGCAGACAUACCAGCAGUGUUUGAAAGGGAGACAUUUACUUAUCAUCGGAGACUCCACCACCAGACAAAUUUUUGGUUAUUUAACGGAUCAAUUAAAGUUAUCGUUUUAUCCUGCGCCAAGACCAAAGGGACCAUAUGUUCAUUUUGUAUUCGGAUACAAUCGUCCAAACAAUGUAUCCGUUUCGUGGUUUCCACAUGAACAUCCAUUUUUUAAUGCACAAUACUUGUUGACGAGAUCAAUGCAGAGUGCUUCCAAACGAUUGGACAACAUUGGCAGGCACAACAAUAGUGUAAUCCUGAUUCAUUUAUGGGCGCAUCACGUCCGAACACCUCCGCAUGUAUUCAGACAGCACGUCCGGGGUAUUAGCAAUUCUGUGCAAAGACUGUUGCUCAGGUCGCCGAAAGUGAGUAUUUUUAUAAAAGGACCCCAUGCUACCCUAGACAGGAAAUGUAUAAUUCCAGUCGACUACUUAAAAAGUAUUCACAAACAGAUUUGGGUUGAUGAAUUUCGGGAUCUACAAGACAAGGUCAUUUUCCUUGAUGUGUGGGAUAUGACAGCUGGAAGCGAGAACGUCUACAUACACCCGGAAAUAAAACUUGUUAGUGAUAUUGUCCAUACCUUUAUGUCCUACGCUUGUCCAUCUUGA